UAUUAUAUACGUGUACUUGUAUACAUAUACUUUCCGCGUUGUUACAUGAAAUUUUCGUGUCUUAUUCGAAUAACUUACCGUAUGACUUUUAGUGUAUUAUUUCUACCAAACCAUAUUUCACCUACAUCUCCGUGUUCUUUAAAAUUAUCAAGUUCUUCUGAAUAAAUCCUCUCCCAACUGAAACAUAAUUGUGACAUAAAGUAAUGCUUAUCGAGUGUUUCACAUUUACGAAUACGUGAAUAAGACAUACCACAUAAGCGUGAUUGUGCAAGAAUCACAAUAUUUGCAAGUAUUUGACAGAUAAAAUUGUCUUUUCGAAAGUGUUAAUUUGUUAAAGAUGGUUAGUAAAUUAAUGAACGUACUUCAAAUUGGGAAACAAUGUGCAAAAUCUUCCAUUUUGCCUUGGCGUCACUUUUCUACAACAAAUUUAAAACAAAAUAAUGUUAAACCAAAAACUGGUAUCUUAAUGUUAAAUAUGGGUGGUCCCAGUGGGGUCGAUGAGGUGCAUGAGUACUUAUUACGUAUAAUGACCGAUCGUGAUAUGAUUCAACUGCCAUUCCAAAGCCAAAUAGGUCCUUGGAUGGCAAUAUACCGUACUCCCAAGGUACAGGAAAAAUAUUCACAAAUUGGUGGCAAAUCUCCCAUUUUAGAAUGGACAAACACACAGGGUAAACUUUUGUGUGAGAAAUUGGAUAAUAUUUCACCAGAAACUGCACCUCAUAAACAUUAUAUUGCAUUUCGUUAUGCUAAUCCCCUUACUGAAGAUACAUUGCAAAAGAUAGAAGAAGAUGGAGUUGAACAUACAGUUGUCUUUUCUCAAUAUCCUCAAUAUUCUUGUGCCACAAGUGGAUCGAGUUUUAUUGAAAUAUAUAAAUAUUAUUUGAACAGAAAAUUACCUUCUAACAUGAAGUGGAGCGUAAUAGAUCGAUGGGCAACGCAUCCAUUGUUCAUAGAGACAAUUACAGAAAGAAUUAAAGAGGAAUUAGCUCAGUUCCCUAAGGAUAUAAGGGACGAUGUCAUAAUUUUAUUUUCGGCUCAUUCGCUACCAAUGAAGGCCGUAUCUAGGGGCGAUACUUAUGCAUCUGAGGUAGCAGGUACAGUUGCCGUAGUAAUGGAAAAAUUACAAUAUUGUAACCCAUACAAAUUGGUAUGGCAGUCAAAGGUUGGACCUAUACCUUGGUUGGAGCCUUUUACCGAUGACGCAAUAAGAGCGUAUGUAAAGCAAGGCAAAAAGCAUUUCAUGAUAGUUCCAAUAGCAUUUGUUAACGAACAUAUUGAAACUCUUCAUGAAUUGGACAUUGAGUAUUGCAAAGAAUUAGCUGAGGAACUUGGCAUUGAAAAAAUACGGAGAACUGCUGCACCUAAUGAUCAUCCUACGUUUAUAGCAGCUUUGGCAGAUAUCGUUGCUUCUCACCUUAAAUCGAAUAAGCCAGUGAGUCCCAUGUUUUUAACACGUUGCCCCCAUUGCGUUAGUAUGAAUUGUGUAAAAAGCAAGAAUUGGUAUGCGGAAAUAUGCAAAAAUUAAAAGGGCAAAAUGUUUCAUUUAUCGUACAUGUCAUAUAUCGUGUAUAUGUAAAAACUAAAUAUAUAAUUUAUACAAUUU